AUGACCUCGCCUGCCCUCCCUUCUAACGGCCGCCUUGUCAGCAUCGGCACUCACUCUAUAGCCUUCUACACUUACGGCCCCGACCCGGGUAAUUCCAAAGAUCCGGUCGUAUUAUUUAUAUCUGGCGUGUGUAGCGAUGCUCUUAACUGGCAAGCCGUGGUGCGACUUCUCCCUCCUUCGAUGAGAAGCUACACCUAUGACCGUUCUGGCUACCGCAACUCCGAUUGCUCCCCUCUCGUCCCAACAGCCGAGAACGCGGCUGUGGAGCUCUCUCUGUUGGUCGAAAAGUCCCCCAUUCCGAAUCCGCUGAUCUUUGUGGGUCACUCGUGGGCCGGUAUCCUCAUACACGAGUUCAUGGCUCUCAAGGGAACUGGUCAGAUAGCUGGUUUGGUCCUCGUUGACGCCAACCAUGAGACAAUGCCACAGUCCAUUGAUAUCAACGAUCCUAUCCUCUGGGCUGUCGCCGCUGGCGUCAACUCCUAUUCUGCACGGGGUAUUGAGGCGGAGCACAAGUUGACAGAGGACGAAUGGGAUGCAUUCAGGGCCGCAGAAAGGACGGAAAAGUUCUUGCUGGCUGCCGAGAAGGAGCAAAGAGAGUACAAAAAUAGCUUUGAGACGCUACGAAAGAAAGGUCUCAGUGAGAGACAGCCACUGCUCGGAGACAGCCCGGUUUAUAUAAUCGGGAGCACCCGAAGCCGCGAUUGGAGUGGAUUGUACAAGGCAGGCGUUGAGAAGGGAAAUGGAACCGAGGCGGAGAGGAGCUAUGUGAGAGAGUUCAUCAGAACAGUCGAUGGGAAGAGCGAGGUUCUCCAGAAGGAAUUUCUCAAGCUCUCCACCACCAGCAAGCUUGUCUUUGCCACAAAGAGCGGACACUUUAUCCAGCUAACACAACCGAGUCUCGUUGUUGACGGACGCCAGAUUCCCGGCAUAACAGUCCUCUGUAUGAAUAUACAGGGUCUGCCUGUUAAGGAGCAUCCGUGA